AUGGGAAAAAAGAAAGAACCACGUUUAGUACAGCAUAGAGAAAUAUAUCAGCGUAUGAAUUUUCUUUAUCAAGCAGCAACAUUAAUGACAACGAUUACAAGUAUAAAAAAACCAAAACAACAACAGCCUUCAACUUACAGUUCAAACUCUCUGACACAAUCCUCCUCGGUGCAACAAGAACAAGUGCCCUCAACAAAAAGUAAAACAAGAAUAACAACUACACCUUCUAAUUCAAAUACAAAUAAUUUAGCUUCGCUAGGUAGAUUUUACGUAAAUACCAUGAAAACAAUUGGUAAAAAACAGGUUUUGCGUAUAGAUCCUUCGAUAAAACGUACCCUGUGUAAAAGAUGUGAAUCCAUUCUAUUACCUGGAGUAACUUCACGAGUUCGAAUUAAAUCGCGUCCUGAACCAUGUUAUCAAGUUUUAUGUACUGAAUGUAAUUCUUCAAAGAAUUAUCCUACUCGUAAAGGAUAUCAAUUAUUUUCCGAGAAACCUGAAAAUAUCUUUAGAUCAAACGAGUUAUCAUCACCAAAGUAG